CGCGAAAACAGCAGUUGAGUUAAGGGAAGUGUUUGGUGGCGACGACAUCUGCAAGAGCAAUUUAAUUUGAUUUUCGGGGCGCUUUUCAAGCAACGAAAUGGCUGAGGAGUCGGCUGUUAAAGUAUGUGUUAGAGUGCGUCCGAUUAUUCAAAGAGAAGAAAGUGUUCCAUCAGAAACGGCAGAGCCUGUUCAGGUCUUUUGGAAAAGUGAUAAGAAAUUUAUUCAUCAGAUUGAUGACGGGAGCGCAACAAAGAGUUUCAGUUUUGACAGGGUGUUCACUGCUGAAGAAACAACCAAUCAAGUUUACCAGGAUAUCUCAAAGCCAUUGGUUGUUUCAACUGUGGAAGGAUACAAUGGUACCAUCUUUGCUUAUGGUCAGACAUCCUCUGGAAAGACGUUCACAAUGAUGGGGAGUGAUCAUGUUCCUGGUGUCAUCCCACUGGCUGUUGAUGACGUCUUUGAAACCAUAAAAAAGUGUCCAAAGAAGGAGUUUCUUCUCAGAGUGUCUUACAUGGAAAUAUACAAUGAAACUGUGACUGAUCUGCUUGUAGACAGUUGGAAAAGAAAACCUCUGGAAGUCAGAGAGACUACAAAUAAAACCAUCCAUGUAGUUGACCUGACCGAGGAACUGGUGACCUCUCCUGCUCAAGUACUGGCCUGGAUUCGCAAAGGAGAAAAAAACCGUCACUAUGGAAAGACUAAAAUGAAUGAGCGCAGCAGCCGUUCACACACCGUUUUUCGAAUGAUCCUAGAGAGUCGUGAAAGAAGUGACCUGGCAUCAGGGGAAAAUGCAGAUGGAGCCAUCAUUGUUUCCCAUUUGAAUUUAGUUGACCUGGCUGGAUCAGAGAGAGCAAGCCAAACAGGGGCUGAAGGUACACGCUUGAAAGAAGGUUGCAAUAUCAACCGCAGCCUUUUCACACUUGGCCAAGUGAUAAAGAAGCUUAGUGAAGAUAGUCAAAGUUUCAUUAACUACAGAGAUAGUAAGUUGACACGGAUUCUUCAGAACUCCCUCGGUGGAAAUGCCAAAACAGUUAUCCUCUGCACAAUCACGACUGCAUCACUCGAUGAGACACUCCGCACUCUGCAGUUUGCUAGCACUGCAAAGAAAAUGAAAAAUGAUCCACACGUCACAGAAGUUUCUGAUGACGGUGCACUGCUCAAAAGAUAUCGUAAUGAAAUUGUCGACCUCAAGAGACGACUUCAGGAGGUUUCCUCAGAAACACAGACCACGGCAACAGAGAGAGAGGUGCUCUCUCAGCUUCUCCAAGAAAAACAUCAACUUCAAGUAGAACAAGAGGACAGAAUAAGAAACCUCACCAAACUACUGGUCACCAGCACCAACCUGACUCGUGUACAAAAGGUGCCCAAGCGCAGGGUUACGUGGGGAGGGAAAAUGCUCCGCUUGGCCCACGCGUCUCCCAGUCAAGAUGGUCUGUCAGGCCGUAGCUUUGUUGAGUUUGUCGAUCAGAGGAGGAAAGCUGAUAGCACCAGUGUGAUGGAGAUGUUGGUUGAAGAUGACGAAGACUUUGAUGGUCAAUGGGAGAUUCCUGAUGAGUCAUCAGAUGACAUAAGUGGAAGUGAAGAUUUUAUUACUUUCCGUAGCUUGGGUAACAGGUCAGUUGAAAGAGUGGCAGAACUGGAACUUGAACUUCAAACAGUUGGCCAGCAAAAGCAGCAAGCCUUGGAUCAAAUUGCGGCAAUGGAAGAGAAGGCGACAGAAGUUGACUUGCAGCUCAAAAGUGAAGCUCAGCAAAAAGCUGAGGCCAUCGAGAAAGUAGAGUUGCUGGAGCUGUGCGUGACCGAACUGAAAAGACAACUUGAAGAACAGAGUGACAAGCAGUUGCAAUCUGAUGAACAGCUCGAAAUAGAUUUUGCAGAGAUUGUCCAGCGUUGUGAGAUUCUAGCCACGGAGAAGGAUAUGCUGGCAUCUGAGCAAGACCAUCUCAAGCAGGAACUGGACUUUGCCGUCAGGCAGACUGAAAAACUGGAGAAGGAGAAAACUGCUCUUUCACAGGAACUGAAGGAAAAGGCCGAACUGCAGGAAUUCAUGGCUCUUGAAGAAAAGAUAAGAGACGAACAUGAGAGCGAGUUGGAAAACCAAAUUUGCUCAUUGAAGGAAGCUAUGAAAUCCCGUGAUCUCCAAUACUUGGAACUUCAGAAAAAUUUGGAGACUGUUUCUGAAGAGCUGACGAAGAAAACCCAAAUUGCUGAGGAUCUUCAGAAUAUGUGUGGUAAGGAUGUUUCUGAAGAAGUGGCGAAGCUUCGUCUUUCUCUAGCUGACGCGGAGGUCCUUGGCAGAGAGACAAAGAAAGAAUGGGCCGUUCUGCGCACUGAGAACAUUGCUCUGGAAGAGUUGAAGAUGACCCUGACUGUCAGCCAUAAAAAGAUGGAAGCCGAAGUCAACAGCCUGCGUUUUCAACUUGAGGCUGAAAAAUCUAAUUUUAAGAAAAUGCAGGCGGAUCUUCAGAAAGAGCUUAAUGUUGUGUUUAAUGAGAACCUCAAGCUAACCACUCUGCUCGAUGGCAAGGUCCCCAGAAAUAUCAUGGAUAGUGUGGAACUGGAGAGAACAGUGUCCAACCUGCAAAAGGAGCUUGCAGCAUCUCAAGAAGCUGAGGGAGACCUGAGAGCUCAGCUGCAGGGACUGAAGUCAUUUCAGGCUCCCACAUUUGAAGUGAACAACCCGGAAAAGCAGAUUUCUGCUGAAGACACGGUGAAGCAAGAAUUGGUGGUCGCAGCGCUGACAGAGGAGAGAGACCAGCUCCGGAUGGAUCUACAAGAAAAUAUAGAUAUGAUGAUUGAGAAUCAAGAGGAGCUCAGAACUGCACUUGGGAAAAUAGCUGAUCUGAAACAACGGCUCAAACAGCUGGAAGAUUCCCAAACAUCCAACUUAGGAAAGCCUUUUGAUGACAUGACGACAGAGCUUGAGACACUUCAAACACAAAAAGAGCAACUUCAGGCUGCACUACAAGAGGUCAGUGAGCAGAAGAGCCAACUCGAGGGAGAGCUGCAGCAACUUAUUGAUGGGGCUGCAGAAAACGAAAGCCUUCUACAUUCCCUCCAAUCUCAGCUUCAAGAUCAAGUUCAGAGAAAUAAUGACAUUGAAAGGAUGGGUCGAGAGAAACAAACUCAGCUGGAACAUCAAGUUGAAGAGUCUCAACAUCUUCUACACUCUAUUCACGAUGAGUUUGAAGAUUUGAAGCAGAAGAAUUCUACUCUUGUAAAAGUAACUGAGGAGAAGGAGUCUGAUUUAAAGCAAAGUAUAAGGAUUUUGAGUGAAGAGCUUGAAACACUGAAAGCAGAAAGGGACGACCUAUGUUUCAACAAGGAAGCUGGACAUCAGACUUUGAUGGAAGAGACUCAGAGGUUGCUUUGCAGAGUGACGUCGCUCAUUGAAGAGAGGGAUCAGCUCCUUGAUACGGUGGAGGAACUGAGACGGGGCAAGAUCCAGCUCAAAACAGAACUGGAGGAAAAUAUCGAAAUGAGGACUGAGAACCAGGCAGAGCUCAUAACGGCUCAAGAGAAGAUCAACGUUCUACAGGAAGAAGUCAGCCUGUUGAUGAAUGAAAACAAAGACGUUGGCAAAUCCCAAGAACGUCAAAAUCAGAUUCAGAGGCUGUCUGAGGAGCUUGAGUGUGCAGUCACAGAGCGAGACAAUAUCCAGUCUGAGAUGGAGAAGCUGGUAUGUCAAGUGACAUCUCUCCGUGAAGAGCGAGAUCAGCUGCACGGCCAACUUCAGGCAGUGGGACAGGAGACGAACCCGUUCAGAGCACAACUGGAGACAAGAGCUUUAUCAGAAAAACUUGAGUGUGUGAAAGCUGACAAAAAACCCCCACAGGCUGACAAUUUGGACAACCUGAAGCACAAAGUUAUGUCUCUCGUUGAGGAGCAAGCUCAGUUGCAGGAGACGCUGGAGAGAUUAAAUCAGGAGAAAAAUGAGUUAGCAGUAAAGCUGGAGGAUGCGGCAAAAACACAUCAAGCAGAGAAAAUGCACUUAAUUGAGAAAUUCAAAGUGCUUGAAUCUGUUCUACCAGUUGAGAAGGAAAGCAGAGAUCAGAGCUCCACAGAGGACUUGGAGAACCUGACGUGCAGAGUGAUAUCUCUCAGUGAAGAGCGAGCUGGGUUGCAGGAGACACUGGAGAUACUAAAACAGGAAAAAGAUCAGCUUGUAGCAAAGCUGGAGGACCUAACAGAAAAAUAUCAAGUGGAGAAAAUGCAUUUAGCUGAAAAACUCGACCUAGUUGAAGCUGAGAGAGACGUUCUACAGGCUGAGAAGGAAAGCAGAUUUCAGAGCGCCGCUGAUGAAGUGGAGAAGCUGACCUGCACUGUGAUGUCUCUCAGUGAAGAGCGAGCUCAGUUGCAGGAGACACUGGAGAGACUCAAUCAGGAGAAAAAUCAGCUCGCGGCGAAGCUAGAAGACGUGACAGAAAUAUUUCAAGCUGAGAAAAUGUGUUUAAAUGAGAAAAUCAAAGGAAUUGAAGCUGAGCAGGAAAGUAGAUGUCAGCGUUCUUUUGAGGAGCUGGAGAAGCUGAAUUGCACACUGAGGUCUCUCACCGAGGAGCGAGCUCAGUUGCAGGAGACGUUGAAAGAACUUGAAUGGGAGACAAAACAGCUCAAAACGGAGCUGCAGGACAAGCUAAGCAUGGUACAGCAGCUGGAAGAGCAGCUAAACACAUUAAAGCAAAAUGAAACGGUGGUUCAAGCGGAGGCAAUCGCAUCACAGCAGUUGCUCGUUGAAGCAAAAGCAACCAUCUCUUUACUCAAUGAGAAGCUUAGCGGCUACGAGCGGGACUUGACAGGGUCCACGGUGACAGCAUCAUCAAGGCUGCACAACUCAACAUUGCAACUUCAGGUAAUGCAUUGCAUUGCAUUUGUGCGGGAUUUUUGCUGCUUUCAAAACCGACAAACAUGCUUGGUUUUACAGGAAAUGGGCGAUAUUUUGGAGAAACUUUGGUCCGGCUUGGAUUAUUACCGCAAUGAAGUUUCCGCUGAGGUCAGAGAAAGGACCAGGUUCUUAAAGCUGAUGCAGGAUGAGCAUUCUAGGCCGCCAUUAGUUGUCAGUCGGAUGCACAGCCUCUUUAGCGCUGAGGCUGACAGCAGGUCUGCAGUGUUGCAAAGCAGACAAAUAUAUUUGCAGGGCCUCGUUGAUGACCGCAAUGUUCAGUGUCAGGAAUUGGAGCAGUUGACGGCGCAGGCUCAAUUCCAGUUGGAAGAAGAAAAAAGCAAGUGUGUCACUUUGCAACAGAGGCUGGAGGAAACUCCAGCAAGGCCAGAGCUGACUUUGCUCAGUAACAACAAAGAACUUCUUCUACUCCAUCAAGCUGAGGAGAGAGUCAAAGCUUUGUCUCUCAAGAAUAAGCACCUCGAAGAGGCCCAGCAAAAAAAUCACAGCUGCAUCUCUGGCUACAAGAUGGACAUUCAGCGACUCCAGACAGAACUUGAAGCAAGCGGGGUCCAAGUUCAAGAAUUGAAGAAUGCCAUCAAAACCCUGAAGAGCCAACUGCAGGAGUCUGAGAAAUGUGCGCCGCCUUCAGUUGCUGAGCUGCAGAAAGCCCAAGCUCAAUUGUUCAUGAAGGAAAUGGAGUUGAGCGUUGCUUCCGAUAAACAUCAGCAAGAGAUCGAGAGGAUGACCACUGUUCUGCAUAUGAAAGAAGAGUUAGUGAGGAAACUGAAGGAAUCUCUCAGGACAUUGCAGCAGCAAGGGGAGGAGUCAUUCUUGCAGGGUCAAGAGCUUUGUGACCGCUUUCUCAACCCCCGGGGUUUGGUGAACAAGAGCAGCGGUGUUCUGCAAAAUAGUAAACUGGCGGAGGAAGUCAAACAGCUUCAGAUUAAAAUCACGCAUCUUGAAAACGUGAUUUCUAGCCAGCAGGCUGACCUGAUCAAAUGGAAGAACAGAGCGCUCAAGAUGAAGUCAAAGGCCAAAGUGGAUGUCAAACCGUCACCGCCAUGUACUCCCACCAAACAGGGACUUGCCGUGUGCUCCGACUUCUUGCCUCAGUCACCAAAGAAGUUCGUAGUUGCUUCCCAGAAGGUCCUUGACUCCCCAAUCAAGCUGUUGGAGUCACCAAAAGUGCCACUGCUCGACUCUCCAAAAAGCAAAUUUUUUGACAAAGGCGCUAAUCUGCUUCCUGGAACAUUUCCCAAAAUGUUCUUCGAUAACUCCAACCUUGGAAUCAGUGCAGAUGCCAACCCGGAUGGGUGCGCCUCUCAGCCACCGGAAGCCCUUGAAUCCUGUAUUACACAGUGAAUACAACAUUGCUUUUCUUCCCUUUUUAAUUAUUCCUUUUAGAAUUCAAUAAAUUCACAAAACA